AUGUCUCCCGUUGCGCUCGAAAAGGAAGACCAUACUCGCGAUGCCGAGUUCAACAAGGCCAUGCACGGCAAGUCUGCAAAGGCUCGCGGUGGUAUGACUGCCAUGUUGCAAAAGGACAAGGCUGCCCAACAAGCUGCUGUAGACGAGUACUUCAAGCACUGGGACAACAAAGCCGCUGGCGACGAGACCGAGGAGACACGUAAGGAACGACGAGAUGAAUACGCCACCCUCACAAGGCACUACUACAACCUCGCAACCGACCUGUACGAGUACGGCUGGGGACAGUCUUUCCACUUCGCCCGCUACGCCUAUGGCGAGUCUUUCUACAAGGCCAUUGCUCGCCACGAGCACUACCUUGCCCACAAGAUGAACCUCCAGGACAACAUGCGCGUAUUGGAUGUUGGCUGCGGUGUUGGUGGCCCUGCCCGUGAGAUUGUCAAGUUCGCCGGUGUCAACGUCGUGGGAUUGAACAACAACGACUACCAGAUCGAGCGUGCCACUGCCUACGCCGAGAAGGAGGGUCUUUCAGACAAGCUCAAGUUCACCAAGGGUGACUUUAUGCAAAUGUCUUUCCCUGACAACUCUUUCGAUGCCGUCUACGCCAUCGAGGCGACUGUCCACGCGCCAUCGCUCGAGGGCAUCUACAGCGAGAUCUUCCGUGUUCUCAAGCCUGGCGGUGUCUUUGGUGUCUACGAGUGGCUCAUGACUGACAAGUACGACAACGACAACCCCCACCACCGCGAGAUCCGUCUUGGUAUCGAGAUUGGUGACGGUAUCUCAAACAUGGAGAAGAUCGAGGUUGCGCUUGAUGCCAUGAAGGCUGCCGGCUUUGUAAUGGAGCACAACGAGGAUUUGGCGGACAGGGACGACCCCUACCCCUGGUACUGGCCUCUUUCUGGCCAGCUGAAGUACAUCAGCACCCUUGGCGACAUUCCCACCAUUCUCCGUAUGACCAAGGUCGGACGUGGAAUCAUUCACAAGUUCGUUGGUGGUCUGGAGAUGAUCGGACUCGCUCCCAGGGGCACCCAAAAGACUGCCGACAGUCUUGCUCUUGCAGCUGACUGCCUCGUCGCUGGUGGACGGGAGAAGCUUUUCACACCCAUGUACCUCAUGGUUGGAAGGAAACCCGCCGACGCAUAA